CCCUGAUGAUUUCCUGCCCUCACCCGGCGCUCACCACAGCUUCCUGCCACAGGCAGGCAGGCACUGAGGAGAGGCAGGCGCAGAGUCCAGGGGCAGGUAGGGCUGGGGCACAGGGUCUGUGUAGGGGUGGCUGGCGCCAGACUCCAGGUCAGGGCCUGACCGCCCUGGGUUCAAGGGUCUUCCAGAGCCUGCGCUGACGCCCGCUGAGGGGAGGAGACCCAGGGAGCCCCCGAGGAGGGCGCAGCUGCCCCCCACCAGGCUCCCAGCCUCGUGCCCGCUCAGCCCCUGUACCCUUUGUGGCCUGGCCCUUGCCCCGCUGCUGCUCUGUCCCCAAGGGGUGUGCGGCGAGCAGCUAGGCCCGGUCCACGCUCUCCCCUGCAGAUGGAGGCAGGCAGCCUGGUCCUCUUUGUGCUGGGCCUCCUGCUGCUGCCUCUCUUGGCUGUGCUGCUGAUGGCAUUGUGUGUGCGUUGCCGAGAGCUGCCAGGUGAGUGGGUACUGGUGGGGUGUCCAGGUACUCAGACACACCGACAGGGAUCCUCACCCCACGCCCCAACUCCUUUGUCCCUCUUUAACUUUCGAGUCGCUGAGAGCCCCAUACUCCAUCACCCUCUGCCCUCGUCACCCCCUUUUCCUGCCUCACGGGCCCUCUCUUCCCCAGGCUCAUAUAACACUGCUGCCUCCGAUGGUUUGACCCCAAGUAGCAUCGUGAUCAAACCGCCUCCCACAGCCGCCUCCUGGCCACCAGCCACUUCCUACCCGCCUGUGACCUACCUGCUCCAGAGCCAGCCAGACCUGCUCCGCAUCCCGAGAUCCCCACAGGCCCCCGGAGGCUCCCCCCGCAUGCCGUCUUCCCAGCAGGACUCAGAUGGUGCCAACAGUGUGGCCAGCUAUGAGAACGAGGGUGCGUCAGGGGCCCCGGCGGCCCUGGUUGGGAGGAGGCUGGGGCCUGUCCUGGGCUCCGCUGACCCUGUGUCGUUACCCACCCCAGAGGCAGUCUGUGAGGAUGCGGACGAAGAUGAGGAUGAGGAAGACUAUCCCGAGGGCUACUUGGUCGUGCUUCCUGACAACGUCCCGGCCACUGGCGCCGCCGUCCCACCAGCUCCUGCGUCCAGCAACCCUGGCCUCCGAGAUAGCGCCUUCUCCAUGGAGUCGGGGGAAGAUUACGUGAAUGUCCCUGAGAGUGAGGAGAGCGCGGAUGCGUCUCUGGAUGGGAGCCGGGAGUACGUGAACGUGUCCCAGGAGCUGCCGCCCGUGGCGAGGACCGAGCCUGGUGUGUGUCGGGGGAGCCGGCCGGAGUUCCCAGGAGGUGGAGGGUGAGGAAGCUCCAGAUUACGAGAAUCUGCAGAUCCACUGAAGGCCCGGUGAGAGGCCCGCCCGGCCCGGCCCUGCCCGGCCCUGCCCCGGGCCUGCGGGCCCUCCCCGCCCUCUCCUCUCUGAGUCUGGGGCCCCUGUGGCCGCCCCCGACCUCCUGACCCUGUGCCCCUCCCUCUGUCCCUGGCCCGCUGUGUUUCAGUGGGAGGCCGCGUGGGGUCUGGAGCCAGCCUUGCCUGGGAGUGCUGAGCUGAGCAGCCGGCAGCGGCUCUGUGGGCCCCCACUCGGCAUCCCGCCCCGCCUCCAGCCUGACGACAGCCUGAGAACUUUCCCCCUAACUUAUUGUCACUUCGGGGUCCCGUCCGUGUGGCCCCAGUACCCUGCACCUUCUGAUGCAGCCUGAGAACAAGCCACCCUGGCCCCAGCCCUGCUCUGUAACAGAAUAAAGGCUGCUGUGGUCUGUAGUGCUCUUAGCUUUGGGGGGCCCAGUGGGUCGGAGUCAGGGUGAGGGUGGGCUGUGUCCGAGGUCCUGAGUGUGUGUGUGUGUGCGCGCGCGCGUGUGUGUGUGUGUGUGUAUGUGUGUGUUUGUGGGUCUCCAUCCUUGCAGACCCUCUGUGCUCCCGAGGGUCCUGACCAGGUAUGUGUGACUGAACGAAGCCUGGGACACGUCACCUUCUGAGUGAGGCAGUUCUGAGCCCAGCUGGCACUCCUGGGGCUCAGGUGCAUCUCCUCAUGAGUUAGUCCUUGGAAGUGGCAGACGAUGGCCGAGGUGAUGGGAGAACAGGGCGUGGGGAAGCGCUGGGUGGGCGUCUAGAGCAAUACCCUUCCCCACCGGCCCCUGGUUUCUCCAUCUUUAAAACAAGGGGGUGGACUUGAUGACCUCAAAGGGCUUGCUUUUUUAAAAAAAAUUAAUUAGUUUUUGGCUGCAUUGAGUCUUUGUUGCUGCGCACGGGCUUUCUCUAGUUGCAGAGAGCAGGGGUUACUCAUUGCGGUGGCUUCUCAUUGCGGAGCAUCGGCUCUAGAGCGCAGGCUCAGUAGUUGUGGCGCACAGGCCCGGUUGCUCCGUGGCAUGUGAGAUCCUCCCAGACCAGGGCUUGAACUUGUGUCCCCUGCAUUGGCAGGCAGAUUUUUAACCACAGUGCCACCAGGGAAGUCUCUCAAAUGGCUUUCUUAAUUCUUACUUUUUGUGGUUCUUAAUAAAACAGAACUUUAAAAAUUGUCUAAGCAACUGAAAAAGUUAACGGGCAGCACAGUCCUCUUCAGACUUGACUUAGAGAUGACUUAC